AUGGACGGCAGGAUCAGACCGCUCGGCCUCGCCGGGCACACCGCCAGCCCGCUCGGUGGCUUGCAGGUGGCCCCUUCCCUCCUGCGCCCGCCGCCCCUCUUCCUCCGCGCUUGCAACCCCGCGCUGGAGAGGGGAUACCCGCGCACCCCGAAGUGCGCCCGGUGCAGGAACCACGGCGUGGUUUCCGCGCUGAAAGGCCACAAGCGCUUCUGUCGCUGGAGAGACUGCGUGUGCGCCAAGUGCACUCUAAUAGCGGAGAGGCAGCGGGUGAUGGCCGCGCAGGUGGCGCUGAGGAGGCAGCAGGCCCAGGAGGAGAGCGAGGCCCGGGAGCUCCGGCUCUUGUACCCCAGUUCGGGCAUCGGAGGGGAAGCGGGGGUCCAUCAGGGGUCACCCGUAGGCCCCGGGGUGCCAGCAACUACCAGCAACACUCCGACAGCUCCCAGUUUUGAUGUUUUCGGCACAGAGAACCAAAAAGAUGAUGACAAAUUGAGCAAGUACAACUUUUACAACGGGUUCAUGGCUCGACCCCUCUUUGCACCCCACACCACACGGCUGCCCUCCCCAAGUGGCAAGAGGGAGUUGUCCCCGAGCAACGACAGCACCACUCCAUUCACUGAUGACAGUGCGAGUCCCUCCCCGGUGUUUGACCAGCGCUCAGACCACACGGGGAGUCCGCAGAGGUCGCUUUCCGCCUCGGAUCCGGAGUCGGGCAGCGAGACGGAGAAAUCCCGGGACUACCCGAGCCUGGACCGCGACCCCACCGAUAUCAUGGCCAAGAUCUUCCCCCAUCAGAAACGGGACACGCUGGAGUCUAUGGUGAGAACGUGCAAAGGCGACAUUGUCAAAUCCAUUGAACUGGUGCUGAGCUCCAAAGAGAACAAAAUUGACUCUGAUGGCUUGUCUCUGUCCCAUCACACGAACGCGCUCAGGCCUUCUGCGGGACUUCCCGGGGCGCUCGGUGCACUGGGGAGCAAAUCGGCCUUUUCCCCGCUCCACAUACCGCCGACGGCCGCCGGGGGGGACGGCCUGUACGGGCUCAGCCCUCGCCUCGGCGUCAGCCCUUUACGCCUGGCCUAUUCCUCUGCAAACGGUGGUAUGGCAGGUUUUAUGUCACCGUACAUGACCUCCGGACUGAUGCCAGUGUUCCCACUGCGUCCGCCGCUGGACUCGUAUUCUUUCCCAGGCAUGAUCCGUGACCUUUCGUACCUGCAGAGCAAGGAGUCACUAUGCAAUACAGGCCCUUACACACGGCUUAACAAUGAAAAAUGA